UUAAUCUCCUCUAAUUAAUUUAUUUCUCGCCUCCUUUUUAACUUAUUUUGCUCAUCCCUUUCUUGCAUAUCAAAAACACUUGCGAACUCGAAUUUUUAGUUGCAAUAAUAAUAAUAAUAAUCUAGUAUAUAUACGGCAAUAAAUUCUUUCUCCAUUUUCCCCCAACUCGUUGGUUGCUCGAUCGCGCGGCGGCGGAAUUUCGGGGGCGGAUUUGGGGGCGCCAGGGCAUGGAGCGGCGCGGGUUACUGAGGACGGCUCUUUUGGUGUGCUUGAUUCUGGUUUGCUCCGGGAGAGAAUUUACGAUUCAAGGUCAUCCCCCAAGUGCCAUAUAUAACCCGAAGCUUGCCAAGACACUUGUGGAAUAUGCUUCUGCUAUCUAUACUGCUGAUUUGACGCAAUUGUUUACUUGGACAUGCAAUAGAUGCGGUGACCUGAUUGAGGGGUUUGAAAUGAUGGAGAUCGUUGUAGAUGUGGAGAACUGCUUGCAGGCAUAUGUUGGUUUUGCUAGUGAUAUCAAUGCUGUCAUUGUUGUAUUUAGAGGAACUCAAGAGAACAGCAUUCAGAACUGGAUAGAGGACUUGCUAUGGAAACAACUUGAUCUUGACUACCCUGGCAUGCCUGAAGCAAUGGUACAUCGAGGGUUUUAUUCUGCUUAUCAUAACACAACAAUACGUGAUGGAGUUGUCAAUGGUAUUCAGAAGACUCGAAAAUUGUUUGGGGAUGUUCCAAUCAUGGUAACAGGGCAUUCAAUGGGUGGAGCUAUGGCUUCAUUUUGUGCGCUUGAUCUUGUUGUGAACUAUGGGCUAGAUGGUGUGCAGCUAAUGACGUUCGGGCAGCCUCGUAUUGGCAAUGCUGCUUUUGCUUCCUUUUUCAAGAAAUACUUGCCCCACGCAAUUCGAGUUACUCAUGGUCAUGAUAUCGUGCCUCAUUUGCCACCAUACUUCUCGUUCUUCCCACAGAAGACCUACCAUCAUUUCCCAAGAGAGGUAUGGGUUCAUAACGUCGGACUAGAAAGCCUAGUGUACUCAGUAGAGCAGAUAUGUGAUGAUUCCGGCGAAGACCCAUCAUGCUGCAGGUCUGUGAGUGGGAACAGCGUGCAAGACCACAUAUACUACCUCGGCGUCAGCAUGCACGCGGAAGCAUGGAGCUCCUGCAGGAUCGUCAUGGACUACAGCAGGCUGCGUUACCAGAUGGACAUCAAUGGCAACAUCGUCUUGUCAAAGCAUCCUGGUCUGUCAGGUGACCUAGAACACAGUGACCAAUGAUCAAAAUGGAACAUAUAUGUAAUGGUAGCAUAGUUGUUCCGUUGUAUAGCACUACACGUGUAUGUGUGUGUUCCUUUCUGAUGCUCAUCAGUGUUAGAAAUUGUCCAUGCAUCAGAAGAGGAUUGGGAGAUGCUUGCUGUAAAUGUGGUUUGGUAAUAUAAAGCAUUGUUCAGUUCACAAGGAGUACAUGUCAAGCACCUGGUAAA